AUGAAAUUUGUCUUCUUCUGGGUGCUCUUAAACCUGCCUGUUGCUUUGGCCUUUGAUCCAGAUUACGCAAAUGACAUCACACCUCCCUACUUGGUCUUCUUGAAAUCAGAUUACUUGCCCUGCGUUGGAGUCCUGAUCCACCCCCUUUGGGUAAUCACAGCUGCUCACUGCAACUUACCGAAGCUUCAGGUGAUACUGGGGGUCACGAACCCAUCAAACAGCAAUGAAAAUGAUGUACAAGUGGUUGGCUAUGAGAAGAUAUUUCAUCAUCCACACUACUUAAUCAAUUCUAUUGAACAUGACCUCAUGUUAAUCAAGCUGAGGAGAAACGCUCAACUCAAUAACCAUGUGCGACUGGUCAACCUGCCAAAAGACCCUGUUCUUGAACAAACCAUGUGCACAGUCUCCACCUGGGCCUACAACAUCUAUGAUGUCUCCAAGGAGCCCAACUCCCUGCAGAAUGUGAACAUCUCCAUCAUCUCCCAGACUCAGUGCCGCAAAGCCUAUGAAGCCUACAACAUUAGUGAAAAUAUGCUGUGUGUGGGCAUUGUGCCAGGAAGGAGGACGCCCUGUAAGGAAGUUACCGCUGCCCCAGCAGUCUGCAAUGGGAUACUUCAAGGAAUCCUGACUUUUGCAGAUGGAUGUGUUUUGAGAGCUGAUGUUGGCAUCUAUACCAAAAUCUUUAACUACAUGUCCUGGGUUGAAAAUACAAUCCAAAAAAACUGA